ACAUAAUUAACAACUGCAUUAAAAUGAUGUUCCUUAUACUUUGUAUACUUUUUACCGGUCAUUCCGUUUACGGCCAUUCGCACAUUACGGUGUACGGGGACGUGUUUCAAAACAAAGAUUUUUUCACACAAACUCUGCCGUGGAUCGUGGAUAACAUUGGGGGUGAAUUGAAUAUUCAAUUUUACAUGCUGGGUAGCGGGAGGCAUACCGUACCCCAGAUGUGCGCGUUGGGUCAACUGGGUCUGAACACGUUUUUGCAAGCGCAAUACUUGAAGUGCGAGGCUGAAGGAACCUCUAGCGCCUACUGCUUAUGCGAAGCUGGUGUUGACGCCGAGAAAUUCAAGGAAUGUGUUAGAUCAGGUGGCAGUCUAGCCAGCCAAGCGAACGCUCAAUAUGCUCGGCUGAAACUCGACGCACUACCCUUAGUCGAAGUCGGUAUACAGGACACUGUCUUCGAAGUAGCUGACACGUGGUAUUUGAAGAAAAUAUGCACGCUUUUCCUGGAAGAUCCGCCUUUGGGAUGCGUUAAACCUUUCGCGUGUAAUACCACCGAGAUUUGGAAUACUAAAUCUGGAAUUGCACAGAUUGACAAGGAGUGUCUGACAGCGAGUUGUGUCAUCGAAAUUCCAGAUACAACCACGUCUACGACUGUGAAACCAAAUGGUCCUACAUGGGAAACUAAAUAAAAUGCAGCUAAAUAUCAAAAUAAUUUCGAAUAGAUGAAUUAUUGUUCAAUAUUAUCUAUGUAUAUAUAUCUAUACAGGACAUUUUUUAUUUACUGCAUAAUUUUUGAAUAAAUACAACAACUUUCAAAUAGGAAUGAAAAAUUUCGACUGUUCCAUACUGAAGUCCACUUAGUUGAUCACCCAAUUUGUACCCAAUUUUGACAUCGGAUUUCUUUGGAUACCGACUCUUUUCAUCAUCCGUGACGGUUCACACAAUUUGUGCAGUGUAAAAAAAUAUACCAUGUAUUUUAAACUUCAAUAAAAACGAUGCAAUCAU